CGGUCGGGAGGAGACAGUGACGGAGUCAUGGAGCUUCGGAGCUAGUGAGAGCGAGGCGCGGGAUGGGAGGAGUGAGAGCCGGAUAGUUCCUAAGGGUGAACCCACUGCUUGUCAGUGUGUGCUAGAAGUUGGUGCCCAGAUUAUAAAAGGAAGGUCAGCACGCUAUUCCCCUUCACAUGUCAUAAUGCUGGGACUUGAUGUUCAGGAGCAGAGCCAGCUACAUUCACUGGAGUCCUCCUUGAGCAAUACUUUGAACCACAAGUGGCCUAUAUUACAUGUGCACUUCAGAGAUGAUCCAAUAUCAAACUGGGGCAUCAAGGAGCAGGGAGAUCUAACAAUUGAAAAUCAGCCGCACACCCUGCCACAAACAGAAAUUGUCAACAUUGAAUUCAUUCAGGUGCCAGAACCAACCUCUUGUGCGAGGAGCCAGGAUUGUAGAGGACAAUAUAGUUUAAACUCGGCUGUAAUGUUGGGUACUGUGGAGAGGGCUGCCCCGAUGGAUAUUUCAAGCACCACUCCGAAGAUGGAUAUGCAAGAAUUGGCUGAAACUUCUGCUGUGCAGCACAAAGGGGACUUUCUUGAAAUCGGCAUACAUCCUGAGGUUUCUGCUGAGCAACAAGUAAAAGAUAACCAAGCUCAACCUGAUAAAGCUGCAGGUAUGAAAGACAUAAGCACUAAGAUUGAGUUGCAUUCCGAGCAGGAUACAAAACUGGAUAAUCUGCCGUCGGAGAGGAAUCGGCCUCCAGACGUAAAAGAUUCUAAUUCUUCAGGGAAGCCUUGCUGUUUAAUGGGAACGGAAAUCCAGAACUCGUUUGAGCAACCUCCUGAUGGUCAUGAAGAAUGUACAGUGGUAAAGUCCUCAGAACACAUAUGCCUAUCCAAUGGUCUAAGAGAUGGAGCUUCCUGUAUGUGCCUUGAAGAUCAAAAAGUGCCACUUUAUUCUUGUACAUCUCAUAAUAUGACUAAAAGAAACCAGGAUGCAUGUGAUAUCCAACAAGGCCCUGUGUUGUGUGAAAAAGCUUUUGUUUGCAAAGAAUCGGGGUGCUCUGAGUUGGGGGAAAGCAACAGUGCAUCUCUACUUUCUACAAGCUCAGAAGAAGGUAUUACUGAAAAUGGUACGAGAUCUAAACAAAAUUGUUUAGAGCAUGCUGUGCAGGAUAUGGCACAGUCAAACGACAAUUGUGUCCAGCAAUCACUAGAUAUGACUUCUGGUACAGAAGACCAGCAUAGAAAGGACUGUCUUUGUACACCUCUUUCAACUAUACAUUUGGUGGGAAAAGUGGAGACUGGUUUGGAAAACAUUCAUUCACAAAAUGUCAGAGAUGAUGCUUUGCUCUCAGAAUCUGGAAAAUGUAUUCCUUUGACAGAGAGUGUGACCACACAACCAAAUCUUCAAACUUCCAUUGAUGGGUUGAGUGCCAAAUCAUCUAAUACACAAGAAUCUUCUUUUUUACCCAACACAGUGGAAUACUUCCAUCUUCAAAGUGUUUCUGCAGAUUGUCACGAAGAUCUCAGCUGUGCCAAUAGCCUAGGGUACAAAUUGGGUGAAUCGUCACAUUCUGGUUCCAUUCAUUUGGUUGCAGCAAAAAGUGCAUGUGGGGAAUCUUCUUGUAAACACACUACAAUUAAUUUAUUAGGAGAUGUCAAUGAAACAUCUGCUGUUCAUUUUAAAGAUUCUGAUGAAACAGGAAAAGAACAGGAAAUAAAAAAACAAGUCUUGCAGGUGGUGGAAACUGUUUCAGAUGAAAAGGUCUUAAUUACACAGAGAGGCCCUUCAUUACAUGAUAGUGAUAGUAUGACACAAGAGAUGCAUUGUACCAUGUCACAGGAUACACCUGUUCCACAUGUUUUAAAUGGAGCCCAAUUGCCUGUCACCUGCUACACUACUCGAAUGCCCGAACAUCACAGCAUUGUACCUAAUCUUCCAUGUGACAUCAAUAGUGUAACAAACCCUGAUUCUGAGAUGAGCACAAAAAAUGAGAAAAGUGACAGGCAUCAGGUUGAAAAGAACAUAUCUGAGGUUUCAGACUCUGAGAAUCCUAAUCAAUUUCAUAAACUUGACAACACACUGGUUUCUUGUCACAGUCAGUCAUCCAAAUCUUUAGCAAUUAACAAAACCACCUUAAGCUUGGAUCAUUUACAAGGCGUUCAUGGUCAAGCACCAUCUUUAGAAUGUCAGCCAACAGCUGAUAAGACUUGUCAUUUAAAAACCACACUGCAGAAUGCCCUCAUACCUUAUGUGGAUAUUUGGAGCUUUUUAGCAAAGGCCAGGGAGCCUGAUGUAUUGUCUUUGAAUAGUACUAACAAUCUGAUUCUCAAAAAGGCAAAAUCCCAGGCACUUCAGUUAAGAAACCAUUUAAGUUGUGACAAAGAAAGUAGUUUACUGUGUGUUAAGGAAUGUAGUGUUCCUGAUGGAUUGCCUGGUUGGAAAGAUAGAAAAUCUGCAUUGGUGCAUCCUUCUGGUGAGCUGGAUUCUGUAAAAGCACUCCUUCUGAAAUGCCCAGAUGAUAAAUAUAAGAUUCCCAAAAGCCCGCUACAUAAUCAUUUUGCCUGGAGCCAUAGGUUGAAAAAAUCUGAUGGAAUGCUUGGUGUGGAUCCCCCCAUCAGCAAAAAAAAGAGAAAAUGGAUUUCCUCCUCUGGUACAAAAGCUGUAAAUACAAACACUCGCUUGGCUUCUUCUCCAGUUGGUAAAAUCAAAAGUGCAGAGAAAUUAAAAUGCUAUACACCGUUAAAUGAUUUUUGUUUGCACAAAAAUGAAAUUCUGGCAGAUCCUCCCUUGUCUAGUAGCCCUAGUGUGCAGAGUACAAUCUUACUAGCAGAUAAAUUGGCCUCUACAUUGACUGACUCUAAAAUAGAGCACACUCAGAGAAUUAAACAUGUUGUUCCUAUAAAACCAAUGGUAACUAGAUCUAGGAACAAGAUUAAUUACAAAGGGUCUUCUGAAUGCUUGCAUAAAGUAAGACCUACCUCUUUCUGCUCACCCAAACAUCCAACAAUGAAGAUGCAAUCUGUCCUCAUUGGUGAGCAUAGAUCUCCAUUUAAAUUAUUUAAAGGUCCAUCUGGGAAAGGAUCUCCAGCUGAAAUGGACGUUAAAACACUUAAACGAAAAAGUAUAUGUAUCAAGACAAACAAAAAUCUACCUACUAAUAUUGUUAAGCAACCACUGCCAUUACAAGAUAAUCAGCAGUUACCAAAAGACUGCCUUAGACGGCCUACAUGUCAAAUGGAAAUGAAAGUUGCUGGAGCCGACACAAGUUUUGAAAAUUGUACUUUGAAACUUGAACCUCAAAGCCUUACAUGCACAAUACAAGGAGCAACAAGACCAAAGAUUAGGCAUGAAAACUUUGGUCAGCCUUCCAGUUCAGAUUUGCAGGGUUCCAUGUAUACAAGUUCCCAUAAAACUCGUAAUCUUCAUCCCCGUUCACUAAGGCCUUGCAAAAUUCAGGAUGUCCCAGAUCUCCCCAGAAAUAGGUUUAAGACCGGUGACAUAUCUCUCAGAAGGCAGCCAAGCAGAAAGUGUAAGAGCAGUUUCAUGCAGGCAUACAAUGUUCCAGAUUCCAACGUGCAGAUCUGCAAACUUUCUAAAGCUUCCCCUACACAUACCUGUCAUAUCCCUAACUAUAGACUUCUACCAUCAAAACAUGCAGUUCCAAAAAUGGCUUCUAAUACACUUUGUGCAGGCAUGAAUAAGCGGAAUGUAGUUGCUUUAAACAAGUGCACUACAGAGCAAGCAUUGCUACACCAACUUUCAGCUAUUGCCAAUAGACUGACUGUACCAUGCAAGAGUUCUUCCAAGUCGAUGCCUUUAUCAAACACUGCAAAACUUGUUCCUUUUAGAGGUCAGCUGCAAGCUAGAAAAUUGCUAAAUGUUUUUUCCUCUGUAAAUAUGAAAAUGAGCUCCCAGACAGCAGGAAAUGUGGGCUUUUCAUCAAGUCGUGACCAUCUUAUUCCGCAGUGUAUGGAUCUUUGUCCCGCUCAUCUUACUAAGGUUUACCCUGAAGUUCUUGCUAGCAGUUUUUCCUUGGAUGACACCACAUUCCCUGUAUCUUUUCAUAUGAAAAUAGAUCCAGGCUAUUUAUCAGACUUUAUUAAACUCAAUCCUCCUGAUUGUAUGUUUAAAAGCAUGCUACCCAUAACUCAAUCAGCACAGCGUUCUGAGUGGACUUUAUCCUUCUUCCUUUCCCCACAUUUUCCUGCUACCAGUGACAACAUGCAGCUUUUCACUCGCUGGAACCCACAUUUCAAGUGUUUAGGCAAUUCUAAAUUUGACGCCAGUUACAGAGGUAAAUCUGAAAGGAAGUCUGGAUGCUCAAUGCUUGGCCUUCAUACAGUACUUGCACUUUCAUCUCCUGGCUGUUACAGAUUGUGGACCAGGAAAAGAAAUCUAGGGAGUAGAAUCCCCACCGUCCAAAAACUUUCUGUGACCCAGUUUGCACAUGGGCUAAAGGGAUUACCACCACAGUUUUCCUGGAAAAGCGAAUUCUCAUCUUCUCUGGCUUUUUCACUUGGCCGUGUGAUGUCUACGUGGAGUCGCCAUGGAUUGUCCACUAUCUCCUCUGAUAUUGCCACACCAGCCUCCCCCUGCAGUUCAUGGCAGCCAAGCCAGAGCCUCAGCAUCAGUGUUCCAGUCCUGAAACACUCUACUGAUUUGAUACCAAAGAUCUGUUUCAGAGCAGAUGAACCAAGGCUUCAGUUUAAUGUGUCGUCAUGGCAAGAAUGUAUAUCUGCUUUAUCUAACCAUGCAAAUCGUUUAUUCUUGGAGGAAGCUGGUGGUGACCUUGAGCCUUCAUACAGUUUAUUCCACAAGCAGGGCAAAGAUGAAAUGUCUCUAAACUGUUUGCCUUUUCAGCAACAAGCAAAUCUCCUCUGUCUAUCUACUGAGCAAACCAGUGGUGUUGAGCUUCCACCAUCUUUGUCCACUGAGCAAACCAAUGAUCUCGGUCAUCUGCAUUGUCUGUCAAUAGAGCAGGAUGAUGUUAUUGAGCCUGUAAACUAUUUGUCCAGUGAGCAUACCAACAAUCUUCUCUCUCUUGAUUCUCUACAUUUUUUAUCCACCAAAAAAGGCAAAGAAUUUGGGCCUUCAUCGUGUUUAUCUGUUCAAGAAGAUGCACUCGGAGCAAUCCAGUCUUUGCCUUUUGACCAAGGUAAUGGUCAUGGACCUCCUUGUCAACUGUCCACUGAACAAGACCAUGGUCUUGGACCUUUGUGCAGUUUGUCUACUGAGCAAGGUGAUGGUCUUGGACAUUCAUGUGGUGAGUCCAUUGAACAUGACUAUGGUCUUGAUCCUCUGUACAAUUUAUCUAACAAGCAACAUAUUGAUAUCAAGCAUUUGCAUUAUUUGAUUGAUCACCAGGAUGUUACUCCAUUUCCUCACUCUUUGACCAUAGAGCAAAUGGUGGAUCUAAGACCUCCAGAGGUUUUGUCUCAUGAGCAAGGUGAUGGCCUGAAAACUUCAUGUUGUUUGUCUCCGGAACAAGCUGAUAGUCUUGGGGCUCCACUCCUUGUAUCUGCUCAGAAAGAAUGUAAAUUCGCACCUUGCAACUUGUCUAUUCUACAAGACAGUCUUGAGCCUCCAUGCAUUCUGAUACCAUCCAAGACUUGCGCUUGUCCUUUUGAACGGAGAGAGAGUUUUCCUAUUCCUCAUGCAAAAGUGGAGAAUCAAAACCAGGGACAUGAGAAAGAGGGUGAACGGAAGCCUCAGCGAGUCUCUCAGAUUCGAAUUCGUAAAACUAUUCCAAAGCCUGACCCAAAUCUGACCCCAAUGGGUCUGCCCAAACCCAAACGAAUAAACAAGAAAGAAUUCAGUCUGGAGGAUAUUUAUACCAACAAAAAUUACAAAUCUCCCCCACCAGCUCGGAGCCUUGAAACAAUAUUUGAAGAACCCAAAGAAAAAAAUGGUGUUUUGGUGUCCGUGUCUCAGACAAAGAGAAAACGCAUCCUGGAGUUUAGAGACUGUACAGUGCCCAGGCCAAAGAGGGCAAAGGGCAAAGUGAGAGUCAUGACCUCCUGCAAGAGGGGGCGGAAAGCUGCCGUGGAAGGUGUUCAAAUGGAUGCACUUCUCAUACAGAAACUAAUGGACCUGGAAAACUUUUUGUUGGAGCAGGAGGCCGUAGAAAGUGGAUCAGCUGCUGCUGAAAAGCCCAGUUGACAAGACUGAUUUGCUGAAGGAUGUACAUGAAUUUUAAGAAUUAGAAAUGUUCAUGUUGAAUGAAGUUAUUGGUGAGAGGACAUUAAUUUCCAUCACUCAAUGUUUGAAGGAUGUCCCAGACUAUUAGAGAAUAUUGUGUGUACUUUAAUUAUUUUAAUAUAAUUAAAUAUAUAUUUUUUAUGUCCCAUUCAAAUGACCGCAGUCUUUCAUAUACAAUAUUGUGGAGACUUAAAAAUUGAAUGGAUUAUUGCUUUCUAAGUUCUGUGCAUGUUCGUUUGGGACUGUGGCACUCUGAAUAUUUUAAACUUGCACUGGAAAGCGAAGGAUGGCAUUAAUGCACUUACUGAGAUUGUGUCUCUAUCUAGAUAUAUAAAUAUUCUAGUUUUUCCAUGUAAAAAUAAACAGGACUCUGUUAUAUUUGGCAUUGCGAUGGAGGUAACAAGCUGUUUGUUGAUGUGGCAGGAUUUUUCUGUAAUAAAGGUUCAACUCGCUCAAAACUGUUAUUUCGGUUUUGGAUGGGUAAUGACAAAGCGAAUCAUGUGCCGGUUUCUAAGUCUCAGGGAUUUUAUUGGUGAGACCUUCCUACUAAAAUCUGCUGUUUUCCCCAACAUAGUUUUGCCCCACCUGCCACAUUCUUCAUCAUGUAAAAUAAUAUCCAGCAAGCAUGGAAUCCUUUUUUUUUUUUUUUUUUUGUCAUGACUGCAAAAGAUGAUUAGAGUUGUGGACCUGUGCUCUUGGAUCUCGUUGCUGGAGUCCCGUAGAGGUAUAAAAAGUCAGUGGAUGAGUCUGUCCUUGUGUCCAGCCACAGCUAAUGUAUCUGUGUUGGGAGGAGUGACAAUUUGAAACUUUUCAUUUAUAAAACUGAAGCACAUUACUGUGCAUGAGGACUUUAAAUUAAAGAUGGCUUUUUUAAAGCCACGGGGGAGGGGGGGGGUCCUCCAUCCAUACAAAACAGGUCACAGCUGCCAAUUGAUGGGGAAAAUGUCCAACGUACCCCUUUUGACAGAAGUCGAUGAAACAAAUGACGCCUGUUGAAUGGGAGAGGGGAGCCCAGACACUGAUGGACAUUCGGACGGUUCCUGCUGGACUGGCCAAGUUUCGAUCAGUGUAUGGCCAGCUUUAGCAUAGCCUGUGAGAAUGACCAGACUCUUAAAUGCACUACUCUGGCAGAAAUGCCAUGGUAUACUUCAAACAUUCUGAUUGCUACUGGCCACAAUUGUGACAUUGUGCUGUUCUGCUAUUAAUGUACAAGGCUUUAAACAAUUUUGUUGAAUCAACUCCUGCCUGCUAAAUACUUUUGGCUGGAGAGUGUUUUGUAUUUUUCCUUUUUAUUUAUUUUUAUUUUUUUUUCUUCCAUUAAUUGUGUGUUCCUUGCCAGCACUACCCAAGCCUAAAUGGCACACAUAUUUGGUGAAAUCUUCUCCAUACAGUGCUGGCUCUUUUAUGUAUAUAUUGGAUACUUCUUUUUUUUUUUUUUUUUUUCUACCCACUGCACUUCUUUAAUAAAGGCCACAAUUUUAGGUGUUUUAACUUUUGCUGACUGCUGUUGUGAGGGUUAAACGCUUUUAUUUCCUCUCUGCCUGAUAGUGAUAAGCAGUGUGCGCUUUUGACACGUACUCCAUACACUGCACUUUCUGUGAAUUUAAGAUAAGUUUGUUUGUGCAUUUUUGUUAUGUUAAGUUAUGGAUCUUGAAUAAAUUUUAAAGCUGCUCUUAAUCAA